CAUUAAAACAUAAACAGUGUUGCCAAGCAAGUCGAGUAAUCUUUGUGUUUAAAUGUGCUUCGCUUGGGUUUCAUCAAGUUAUCACUAGUAAUACAUCACGUUUCGAUUUGUGAAGAUGGCAGAUGAAGAAGGGAAAAAGAGUCAAGUGAAAGAUGACUCUGCCAAACGUGCACCAUCUCCUGCAGAAAAUGUUAAUGAAGACACAGACCAGAACGAUAAAGAUUCACCUGAGCUAAAAUCCGAUGAAAUAACAAAGAAGGAAGAAGAAGUGGAACAAUAUAAAGAAUCUGAAACCGAUGCUAAAACAACAACAGAAGAUCCAGAGUCUCAGGAGGAGGCUAAACAUUCUCAGGAGGAAGAAAAUCGGCCAGAACAACCAACAGUCUUAGAAUCAAAGAGUACAGAACAGAACCCUGAAGUAGAUGUGUCAUCAGACAGAAAAUCCCCCAAUGGAGGGACCGAAACAGAUAAACAAAGUGGACAACAAACAGUUAAUACUCAACCACAGUCAGAAAAAGUGUCCUCAUCUCCACCCAACACUGACACUGUCCAAGGGGUUGAUGCCCCAGCUGUUAUUCCUGAUGCACCAAAAAUUCCGUCACCAGAAAAAUCAGAAGUUACCUCUGUAGGUCUUGAAGGAUCUUUGUCAUCAGCUGCUCUGAAUGUCAUUUGGUCUUUUGGACUUAACAGAAAUAUUCCAGUUUUGAAUCUCACAGACAAUUCACGGAAGCUGAUAAUGUACGCUUGUGCACAUGUAGGAGUGCUGUAUGAUUUUGAAAAUAACAGACAACACAUUUUACAAGGACAUAUAAAUCCAAUUACUUGUACCUGUGUCAGUGAAGACAAGAGGUGGCUUGCCACUGGGGACAAAGGAGCUGACUCUACAGUCAUUGUCUGGGAUACAUACACAGGGGUGCCAGUUCAAACAAUUUUUGAUACCAAUCCAGAAGGUGGUGUUGUAGCCAUGGCAAUGACUCCUGAUGCAAGAUAUCUAGCAACCCUAAGUGCAGCUCCAACACAGGUUUUGAGUAUCUGGAACUGGACUGUGGAUGGGGAUACCCCUCUCUGUACGGCAGAACUAAAUCCAAGCUAUGGAGUUCAAUCUUUCAUUCAUUUCAAUCCCGAAGAUAUUCACUUCUUGGUGUCUAAUAGUGACUCUCAAGUUAUCUUCUACCAGUGGAAUGACAACCAUAUGGAAUACUUUGCUCCUCCUCUGACAGACCAAGACUUCAACAAACCUGUGGGUAGAUAUAGUCAGUCCAUCUUCCAGAAAAACAGCACUAGAGUGUUGACUUCCACAUCUAUAGGAAAUCUUGUGGUUUGGGACACAAACAAGCCCCUCACAAAAUUGCACGAUUCACAACCCUCUGCAGACAAAAAGGCACUGAAGAUUAUCCGACAACAGGAAAGAGGAAUCAAUGUUCUUACUACUACAGAAAAUUUCAUUGUUGUCGGAGAUAUGGCUGGCCAUGUGAAAUUCUUUGAUCAAAGUUUAAAGCUUGUCCAUUGGUAUCAAGACUUCCACUUGGGACCAGUGACAUCAAUUAGUUUUGCGUUUUAUCCAAAUUUUGAACCUGUUGCAAAAGAAGGGUCUAAUUAUCCACCUGAUGCAACAAUUGAAGCAAGGAGGUUUGUCAUCAAAGACUUUGUAGUGGGAAGCAGUAUCGCCAUAUUUGGAAGUGUAACUGCAGAUGGGACUAAGGUGAAGGUCAUUCACAGAGAGCAUGAUGCUGCCAUUCAUGCUCUUUCUGCUCAUCCUUCAUUACCUUAUGUUGUGAUGGGAAGUUAUUCUGGACUUCUGAAAAUAUGGAACUAUGAAAAGAAACAAGUAAUGGUCUCCAGACAGUUUGAGAAAAAUAGCAUGAUCAGGUGUUGUGCCUAUGAUCCUAAAGGAGCUUACAUAGCAGUGGGAUUUGUGAAUGGAUCAGUAAGAGUGCUGGACUCCAUUACACUGGAGGACCAGACAGCAGAGCCUUUCAGAUAUGCCAGAUACGGAAUCACACAUAUAGCCUUCUCACACAAUUCACAGUUCUUAGCUACAGCUGAUGGAGAAUACACAAUCAGUGUAUUUAAGAAACAACAUCUGAAUGAUGAGCCUUAUGGCUACCUUGGAAGAUACCGGGCCCACUACAAAGACAUUCAGGACAUUAUUUUUGGAAUUCACUUGGACUCCAACCAGCCUCGCCUCCUGUCUCUUGGAAAGGAUAGAGUUUUGGUGGAAUAUGAUUUAGAAAACAGCUCAAAAGACAACUUACGGAUCACUAGCUCUGACCGAAUUGAACAGAGUGCAGUUCCGCAAUGUCUGACAUGGUACCCCCCAAUCACGAAGGAACACUUCAUUGUCACAGCCAAUGACCAGUUCAAGUUCAAACUAUACAAUGCAACCACUAAAAUGUGCAGGAAAACACUCCUAGGACCAACAUACGGAUCUCCUAUCAAGAAAAUUGCUGUGGUUCCUACAAAGGACCCCAUCAAAGAAAAGCGAUACUUGGCCUACAUCACGGAUGAUAAGAUUGGACUUCACAUUCUUCCUCUCUGUGGAAACCCACAUGACGCCAUGGCUCUUAUUGGUCAUCCAGCUGGGGUAUCAAACCUUGUUUGCAGCUAUGAUGGGAAGUAUCUGUUUUCUGCAGGUGGCACUGAUGCAUCUGUUCACAUGUGGGAAAUCAACACCAGUGCAUUAGAGGCCCAAUCUAAGCUUGGCGGAGAGGAUUUAAUUCCAUUCUAUGGUCUGCUAGAUGGUGGAAGAGAGGGAGAACUGUUUGCAGAACUGGAAGAUUACUUCUACUAUGCUCAGAUCCGGAGCCAAGGAGUCAAUGCUAUGGAUAAAAGGGAGUUGUCUGUAAAGAUCCCCCUUACAGAGGUCCCCUUUGUCAUGAGAGCAAUGGGCUUCUAUCCUUCAGAACAAGAGAUCGAGGAUAUGUUAAAUGAAGUGAAAUUUAGUCGCUAUGUUGAGACAGGAAAAUAUGUGGAAGAUAUUGAUCUUGGGGAUUUCAUCAAAUUGUACAUAAAUCAUAGACCAGCUUUUGGAUUAGAUCCCCAGAAACUUGUACAUGCUUUCAAAACUCUUGGCGUACCUUCAGCACAAGGGAACUCCAUUGAGAGAGGCUACCUUCUAGAUCUACUGCAGACCAAAGGAGAACACAUGACAGAGUAUGAGCUAGCAGAGUACCUUACAACUCUACUUGGGUUCAAUGGAGAGGGUGGCAGCAGUGAGCUCCAAGAGUUUGAUUCCUCUACUGCCGGGGACAUCAUUGAUCAAAACCUCCCUGUCAACGUCACAGAGGAAAUGUUUGCAAAUGAAAUAUUAGGCUUUUCAAUGUACAAGGAUGUCAUGGCCACAUCACAGCUGACUUCAUAAAUGCAGUGAAAGUGUUUUAAAUAUCAAGAUUCGUCGAGGCUUUUGGUUUUAAGACAUUCAUUCCAAAAAAGGAAUCAGAAUUCACAAUGAUGACUGUGAUAUUGUGUCUAUUUGUGUUUAAAGAGACAUGGUCACGAUUUUGGUAAAAAAAAAUUCUGAUCUUAAUGUUUUCAAUGCGUUAGCAAGGCAACCAAAAUUUGGGUGUCAUUCGUCGACUUAUUAACGAAUUACAGAGCUUACAAUUCUUUGCUAUGUAAACAAAGCUUUUGUUUACAUUUUGAAUGUUGAAGUGAAAAUGCCAGCUUUUAUUUUUAAUACAUAAAAUGAAUGUAUUAAACGUGAGAACCUCUUUAUUUAUGCUUAAAAUGAAUAACAAGAUAGACAAAUCAGCUUGAAAAAGAUAUUUUACAAGUAUAUUGAAAUUAUGUGAACAAAAACAUGGCACGAGUUUUGUUUACAUGACGAAGAAUUGUGAGCCAUGUAUCUUGCUUAUAACUCUUCAACUGACUCUCAAAGAGGUAUAGAGCACUUAAUAUACGAUUUUGCCUAAAAUAUAGCACUUUUGCAAACAUCAGACAUUUUCAAUUUUAUACAAUAUUUAGUUAACAAAUAUUCAAAGGAAUGCACAUUACACAAUUAUCAUGCUUUAAGAGUCUUAAUUAUCAGAGAUGUAUAGUAAAAUAGUUAGUAUGCGAUGAAAAAUGGAAUAUUUGACUAUUUGAACCUCUUCAAACCAAAGAAAUCAAAUUAAAACUAGAACUGUUUUUGUUUUCAAUAAAAAGUAAGGGCUUUUCGACAGCCCCAAUUUCCCUUCUUUUAUUUGAAAUGUCAAAAAAUUUAUCUCUAAUCUUUUUCCAAAAUUUCUGGACGCCUCGGUAUAACCAUGCAGUUGCUUAGGUAGGAAUGUAUAAAUAGUUCUAUGUCAAAAGAAAGAUAACUCCAGAACUUUACAAGUAGCUACACUUUUAAUUUCCAGAAGAAUAUUUUCAAAAAAUCAUUUUAAAGUAAGUAUUCAUUCCUCGGACCCACAACUUGGUAUGCCUACAGCAUUUAUGCUGUAUAUUCUUACAGCAAAGCGAGAUAACUCUUCCAAAAAAUAAUUUUGAAAUUUAAACAAGUUAUGAUCUUUAGGCCUUUCAAACCCCCAUAAGGAGUCAAAAAGUGGCCCCUCGGACCAUAAUUUUUAAAUUGCACUCUUUAUUCUGAACAAUUCACUGAAAAGAUUUUUAAAAUCUGAAGAGAAAAAAGUGACAGCUAAAGGGCUGUUUUGCACGUUGGCCCCUAAUUUUUUCGAAUUGUCCACCCAAAAACUUUUCCGGUCUGCGAAUUUUGUGUAUCAUUAUACAUCUGCAAUAUUGUAACAUUUACUUGAAACUUUUUGAGAAAACGAACGACGCGUGAUUUUAGUUUAACACUGAAACUCCCAUAGAAAAUAUUUCAUAGGCUCAUAAAAUCGGAAGUACUCAAUAUUUUUUAUUAAAACUUGGAAUAUAUGUUAAAUAGUUCUAUAUAAACAAUAAUUAGGCGUCUUUUAAAAUUACUGAGGUUUUUUGAAUUUUUUUCACCCCCCCCUUUUCUCAAGUUUGAGUCCUAAUAUCUCAAAAACGGUAAGAUAUAGAGAAAUGCAAACGCUUAUGAUUUUGUACAUCUAGACAAGAUGCAUCUUAUUCUUAAAUUUGAAUGCUCCAACUCAAAAAACAAUAAAGAUAUUGUGUUUUAAUAAAUUUUUAGUAUUACCUCUGUCAAAACCGUAAGCGGAAGUCCAAAACCUUACAUACGCGUGUUAUAUAAAAGUGCUAUAAGACUGUUGCAUACUUGUUUUAAUAUGUCUUUCCGUUUUCAUAAAAUCGCUGACGAAACUUUGUCGAGAAUAAGAAUAAUAAUAAACAGAAGAAUAACAAUAGUUCUUUUCGACCGAAAGUCGAAAAGCCCUAAUUAUGUUUUACAGGUAUUGUAGUACAUGUUUACAUUGAAUUAAUUUUAGUUUAACGUGGUCUUGGUACUGAAAAUUAGAGUAUUUCAAUUAGUGACCUUUCUAAUACAAUCUUGUAUUAUAUAGCCAUAUAUAUUUAAGACACCCAUUGAACGUGUUAGAUGCGUGGUCUAGUGGUAACGCGGAGGUCCUUUUGAUUUUGUGGUCGCUGGAUUGAUUCAACCAGGUAGUAACUAUUUUUUCAGUUAAUUGAUAAGCAUGAUUUUUUUUUUAUUUGUUUAAUUCUAUCUGAGUAUAGGCACACCCAAUAUAAACAGAUCUCUUUAUUAACACUAUAUUAUAUGGGUUCUACAUACAGCUGUACACUUGGAUUCAAAUUGCAUUUUGCUGGAAGUUAUCACGCUUCAGAAUACCAACUGACAUUCAUAUAUUCACUUGUCGAUGCAGGUUUCCCGAGUUUAUGACAAAUCAGUUGUAACAGACUCUAUUAUAAAAGCAGUAAAAAUGUUUCGAAAAUCAUAUUGCGACGGAUACCUGAAGCAAUAUUUAGUAACAGGUACUUUCCGUCCAGACAACGGGGGUUGGCGAAAUAAUGGGAAAAGGCGCUAUACAUCUUUCAUUUGAUAAUUAGAAAUGCAUUCCUAAAGUUUUGUAAAUAAAAAAUAAAAAUAGAUUUUGACCAAAAUCGUGACCAUGCCCCUAUAAGUUCUUGUUGAAUGAUAUUUGAAUAAACAUUUAAAACAAUGGAA